CGCACAGGUGUCAACUUGUUGAGGAGCUUCAGGUUUCCCACACCGCCUCUCUCCCUCUCAGUCUGCCUGUGCCGCUCGUCCAGGAUGAAGGUGCUGCUCUUCCUCUGGCUCGCCUCGCUGGUGUGCUGCGAAACUACAGAAGACCACAGCGAUCAAACCUCCGACUCAGCUGGGACUCCAACGCCAGAAUACGACUACACCGCCACCUAUGACUAUGAUGACUAUGUGACCUCAGCUAAAGAGCAGGAGCACAGCGCCACCAUGGGGCCUGAAGGUCCUCUGACAGAAACUACAGAAGACCACAGCGAUCAAACCUCCGAUUCAGCUGUGACUCCAACGCCACAAUACGACUACGACUACAACGCCACCUAUGACUAUUACUAUGUGACCGCAGCUAAAGAGCAGGAGCAGAGCGCCACCAUGGGGCCUGAAGGUCCUCUGACAGAAACUACAGAAGACCACAGCGAUCAAACCUCCGAUUCAGCUGUGACUCCAACGCCACAAUACGACUACGACUACAACGCCACCUAUGACUAUUACUAUGUGACCGCAGCUAAAGAGCAGGAGCAGAGCGCCACCAUGGGGCCUGAAGAAACUACGGAAGCCCACAGGGAUCAAACCUCCGACCACAGCGAGGACUCAGCUGUGACUCAGUCGAAAUUUGACCAUGGCUAUACAGUCCUCUUCAAGCGUCACUUCAAAGUAGGGCAGGAGCAGAGCGCCACCAUGAGGCCUGAGGAGGCCAGGACCGUUCAAAAGAGGAUGAAGGAUCCACAGAGAGUCUCCAACAGCUGCAGACCGAUAACGCAUCACAGAUCCAUCAUCGGAACUCUGCUGAUGUCACUUCCUGCUCUCCUGUAUGAGAGGGGGAUGACUUUUGUCCACUCGAUUUAGGACAGGUUACCAUAGUGAUGCCCCAUCGGUUUUUUUGCUUCACACUCAGACAAAACUCUGAAAUGGUUAUUUCGUUUACUGCAAAUUUUAAAAAAGCGUUUUUUUAUCGUCUUAACAGGAAAACAUCGGAUUUAAUGCUGAUUCUCGUGUAAAACAAAAGUAAACUUUUUCAUUUGAAUAUUAAAAAUCUUCCCCUU